UCUAUGUUUGCUUUGUCGAAAGCUUCUUGCGCUUUACGUAGUGUGCUGCGUAUGCAGCAGUCACUCUAUAGCACUUCCUCGGUGCUAAUGGAGAAAUUCAACAUUGUUGUUCCACCAAUGGGUGAAUCAGUGAAGAGCGGAACUCUCGUUCAGUGGGAAAAGUCUGUGGGUGAUUUUGUCGAUUUGGAUGAUGUCGUGGCAGUGAUCGAGACAGAUAAGGUGAGUAUGGAUGUGCGCUGUGAUAAGGCGGGCUACUUGGUCAAAACACUGGUUCAACCAGAUGAGACUGUGAAGGUUGGAUCUGUUAUCGCAGAAAUGGACACAGAGAAGAAGUGUUUUGUUUGUUUACAAACAAUCACGGAACAACUGAAGAUUUGA